AUGAUCAAGCCAUGCUGGACAUGCCGUCGCCGAACGAUUCAAUGCGAUCAGUCCGGCUUCCCCUGUUCAAAAUGUGAGAAAGCGGGGCUGGAAUGUCAUGACAAAAGACCGCUGAGAUGGGUCGAAGGCGUGGCUAUUCGAGGGAAAUUGCGGGGUCACGUCUUCAAGGCACCGUCGGAGGCCCCUCAAGGUCCCCAAGUGGCGCGAUCGGACGAGAAGCAAGUCUCACUCAUUUCAGAAAAGCGGCUACGAAUACUUCAUACCCCACCUUAUGCUAUGCAGGAUCCCCGCAUUCAUAAUAUGGAUCGGCUAUCAAAGUACUACAUCGAUUAUUAUAACCAACGAAUAUGCAAGCUAUACAUACUGUUUGAUAGUGACAGUAAUCCAUUUCGGAACUUACUUUCAUUUUCCCUGGAAGACUUGGCUCUACAAAAGUCUAUUGUGGCUAUUGCAGCUCGACAUUUUGCCAACACAGGCCGUUCGUUCGAUACGACCGAUGCCGUUGUCCCCUCUCGGUUCGUGCAUGCUAAUAUGGAUGCGCUCUUGUUCAAGAAACAAACCAUAGAGGCAUUGUCCUCCUCUCUAUCAGAUGUGGGGUCUCGGAGAACGGAAGUAACCAUGGCAACCAUCCUUCUUCUCAUAUUUCUCGACAUUCUCGAGUCUGGAAUUGAUGGCUGGGAUUCUCACCUCCAAGGUGCAAGAGGCCUGCUUACCCUCAACCAGUCCUUGGUGAAAUGUACUCCAAAAUCCGAUAAAAAGAUUGAUACUGGAGAUACUGUUCGAGAAACGAGGAAAUUCAUAACGGAACAGCUCCUAUUAAUUGAAACACUUGGAAGUGCGCUCUCGGGUCCCAGGAUAGUGUCUGAAGCGUUUGUCGGCGAUAAUGGAAUGAAACAUCAAGAGUCGAUAGUCAGGAGUUUUCUUGGAUGCCCUGGCUUUCUUCUGAGAGCGGUACAAUUCUUCUCCGAUCAAAGAUCCCUGAUCACAGAAUUCAGGAGGAGACAAGAAACUUCAAACAUUUCAAUCCUACAAGACACUCUGGCGAUGCUUGAUCUGACAGGACGUUUUGAUUGCCUCGAGUGGGCGGCAGACCUCCAGCGAUGUGCAGCGUCUUCCAUAGAAGUCACAAAGCUGUGCAUGCUAUCGCAAGCGUACAAAACAGCGACUUUGCUGUACGGAACACGCGUACUUAAUGCCCUGACUGCAGCAACAUCGAAUAACGAGGAGCUAGUUUCGCAAUUGCUUGGCCUCAUUGAAACCUUGCAAAAUGAUGCGAUCCUUUUCAAGUGCCUCCUAUGGCCAACAUUUAUCGCAGGGUUGGAUUGUUGGGCGGAAAACCAACAGGCUUUUGUCAUGAAGUUGUUGCGGGCGCUCUGGGAUUCGACUAGUUGUUUGAACGUGAUCGGUGCUUCGAAUAUUCUUCGGGACCACUGGAGGCGCGAGGAGAUGCCUGAAACCUUGAUGCAUGAGAUAUCUGAUGUUGAUGGAAUAGGUCGUGGUUGGCUUCUAAUAUGA